AUGCAAAUAAAUAAUUCAUUGGAAUGUGUGUGUAUGUGGCUGGUAUGCCACCAGAGAAAUUGGAUGGGACAUGGAAAUUUUGGUACUGAGGUUUGCUGGUUUACCAAUACAUUUCCAAAUGCAUUUUCAACCUUUACACAAAGGCAUUCAUUUGUGCGAAGAAAAGAAGAGAAAAAUUGUGAAGCAUAUUCUAAAUUUUCAUUCAUAAAAUAUGAUGAAAGACAUGACGUACAUGGAGCUCUCUUUAUUGUACCGUGGGAAAGUUGA